AUGGGACCCAUGCGUAACGACUGCGGGGCUGGACCGAGCCGUGCUGCGCCCUCCUCAGCCGUGGCUGCGGGAGCCCUGCAGCGGCAGCUGGCGGGCUUCCAUCCGGGCCUCGCCGCCCUGGGAUUCCUGCAGCAGGCUGCGCGCGCAGGCGCGUUGCAGCAGCACCACCACUCGCCCCAGCAGCAGAACCCCUGGCUCCGCGGCGCCCCAAGCGCGCUGGCGCAGCAGGUCCGCGGCCUGCAGCUGACGCCGCGCCGCGUCAAGUACCGCAAGGCCUUCAAAUCCCUCGGCUUCAACGAGACGAUCUGUCCCAACACCCGCCAGCUGGCGUGGGGCCUCUACGGCAUCCGCGCCGUCGAGCACGCGCGCGUGCCCGCCCGCACGAUCGAGGCGGCUCGGCGCGUGCUGCGGCGCACCAUCGGCAAGGGUGCGAUGCUGUGGAUCCGGAUGACCCCCAACAUCCCCGUGACCAGCAAGCCGGCGGAGGUGCGUAUGGGCAAGGGCAAGGGCGCGGUGGAUUACUGGGCGUCCCCCGUACGGCCCGGCCAGAUCAUAUUCGAGAUGGACCGGCUGCCCCGCAAGGUCGCGCUGGGCGUGGUGGCGGCGCUGCAGCCGAAGCUGCCGAUGCGGAUCGGCUUCGUGGAGUACACGUGA